GAUAGUAACCGGUGGGCACAAUUUAGUAACCAUCUGCACUAAUAACUGGUGCUCACCAGAUAGUAACAAAUGUGCACAUUAUAGUAACCAAUGAACACAAGAUAGUGACCAUCUGCACUAAAUAGUAACCGGUACUCACCAGAUAGUAACCGUCUGCACCAGAUAGUAACCGUUGCUCACCUGGUGGGCACCAUUUAGUAACCAUCUGCACUAAUAACUGGUGCUCACCAGAUAGUAACACAUGCGCACAGGAUAGUAACCAAUUCACACAAGAUAGUGACCCUCUGCACUAAAUAGUUACUGGUGCUCACCAGAUGGAACCGUCUGCACCAAAUAGUAACCAGUGUGCACCAAAUAGAAACUGGUGCACACCAGAUAGUAACUGCUGCACACCUGUUACUAUUUGGUUCACACCAAAUAGUAGCCAUGUGCUCACCAGAAAGAAACUGUCCGGACCAGAUAGUAACUGGUACACCAGAUAGUAACCUGUGGGCACCAUUCAGUAACUGUCCACACCAUAUAGGAACUAGUGCACACCAGAUAGUAACUGGUGCACACUAUUUAGUAACCAAUCCACACCAAAUAGCAACCGGUGCACACCAUUCAAUGCUAACCGGAUGUAACCGGUGCUCACCAGAAAGUGAUAGGUGCGUACAAAAUAACUUUUUUUUUUUAUUUACUCUUUUUUUUCCUUCCUUCGAUUUCUUUGUUUUUUAUUUGUUUACUUAUUUAUUUAUUUUUUAAAUUUGAUGUCCCUUGUGAUAAUUCAGUUGAUGCUUCAGAAAUUAUUUUUAAAAAACUGUUGUGGAUCAGGUUAUGUCAAGAUUCAUCUAAGUCAUCUUCCUCCUGACUUAAAAAAAAAAUCAGGCUUCAUCUUCAAAAACUCGCCUCCACACUUACUUAGUGCUAGUACCUGUGUAAAUAAACCCAAACAGAGACAGCGCCUUCACAACCACAUGACCUCCCCGCUGCGUUCUGGGUGGAGGAGGAGGAGGGGGGUGCGUUUGUUUGGAGCAGUCAGUGUGAGCUGAUGCGCGCGCCGCGCCAAGUGAUGCUCCCGUAUUAAAGCAGCCCGCUGUGGUUUGGCACAGAGCGGGACGCAUCACUUUAACCCCGCGGCUCUGCCCUCCGGACUCGCCCAUACACUCCGCGCAGCCUAGAUUAUAAGUUGAGAGGAUGUGUGAUGAUGCUGCUGCGCGGAAUCCUGCCACGCGAUAUUCCUGAGGACCUCUCGCUCCAGCUCUCUUCCCCUCGUUUUAUUUUUUCAUAAUUUCCUUCAACUUCGAUGGCUCCAGUGGCCCAAUUGCACUCAUGCUCGCAGCCGAGGAGGGAUGUAAGGUACGGGCAAUCCACCGCCCUGUCAGUGCGCGGAGUCGCCGCGUGAUUCAGGUUCCUGUCUGAGUGCCAAAUCGGAGGAAAGAAAGAUACCUAAAAAAAGAUUAAACUACUUUCGAGAUGUGAAUUUUUUAAAUGUUUUUUAUUCUUCAUCCGUCUCGCUUGUCCUAUGCUUCCGACAAGGAGGUUUCAAGAGGAAAAUGAUUGUGGCAUAAACUAUUUCUGGAGACGUCUGUCACAGGUAUCGCCGCUGGACUGGACAGGGUGGAUGGUUAUUUCCCAAAAAAUUCAUGUCUUCUGCAUCCAGUUGUGGGAAAAGCUGCCUACUAUCUAUCAAAACAGCGCAAAAAGAGGAAUGCUGGUCCAAGAUUUAAUACCAUUUACUUUAAGUUUUUGGCCCCUUUUCUUCGGCCACUGCCUUCUCUCGCUGUUUUUACUUUCGUGCCAGGGAGAGCUCCAGAGGUCGUGCUCUCGGACUGUGCCGGAGAAGGUUAGUGAACAGUGCCAGUUGGCAUGCCACUGUAGGAGAUACCCUCCCCUCCCUCCACCACCGCCUCCACCUCCUCCCCCACGGCUGCUGGGAACCACAGUGGCAGAGCCCAUGGUGCCGUUGUUGACGCCCUGGUGGAUGGAGGUGGACCUCAUAGUGCUCGGGACGGUGGGCUGUGUGUCAGUCGUCUUCCUCCUCUCUGCCAUUAUCAUCUGCUAUAAGGCUAUCAAAAGAAAACCACUGAGGAAAGAGGAAAAUGGGACGAGUCGUGGGGAGUACGCCAUGAGCAUCCGAAACACGAAGACCAUUAGUACGAACAACACUGUGGUAUAGACUGUCUCCUGGAGUCCACAGGAGCUGACUCACCAUCAUAUUUCCCACCUUGUUCUGAAAAAACUCCUCUCGCUGAAUGGUUUCACCUGACAUUUUUCAAAAAGGUAAACCUUUCCUUUUUGCUUGGCUUGCUGCCGGGACAGGAGACACCACCGACCUUGAGAAGAGCUGAAAACACGGAGGACAAAAUAAAUCAAAGCAGAAAGGACUAAAAAAAAAAAAAAAAAUCCUGACAGGGACUGUGGUGUCAAAAGCAGCACAGCAGGCUGAACAUUAUGCUCUUAGUAACAGCAAGUGUUGCUGACAGGCUGGUUGGCUGCUGGCUGGAGAGGGACUGACUGCCGGUCUGCAGCAGAUCCAGACCUCACAUGCUGUUCAUUUAGCGGUGGAAGAAAAAAAAAAAAGAAACAACACAGCAACCCCUUCAGUCCCACGGGCAACUUGAAAGAAACCCCCAUCACAAAAAAAACAUGCAUGCAAUUUUUUUUAACAGAUAAUGCAACAUUUUUUUUAUUAUACUUCAGCCCUCUCACUGUUCAUCUUUGUGUUCUCCAUUAAGAGGGAGAUGAUGUGCAGGUCCCAGCUCUGAGAUGAGGAUUUAUCCGACUAUGCAAUUUAAAGAAACCUACACACAUCAUCAUGGACUUAUGUUUUUUAACAAAUGUCAAAACAGUGUAAUCUGUCAGCCAUUUUUAUCUACAUUUAUUUUUUCACUUUAAUAGUAAAUUUUUCCCAUCUUUAAAAUCAUUUUCGAUGAAUUUAUUCAUUUCAUUGGUAGAUCUGUUAUAGCUUUUAUAUAUAAGUGAUGCUCCGAAGCGUUUGGUGUGCUUGCUCUGCAAUGGGUGUCUAAAUUUAAAGGAGGUUAAUAUUUUUGUUUCUCCUUCAACCUAAAAAAAAAAAAAAUUCAGCUUUUUAGAAUGUGUUUUCAGAACGUGAGUUAAAAAACUAACUUAUUUGCAGAAAUCUCAACAUCAACAGCUCAUUGAGUUAAAAUUUUCUUCAUCUGUCAACACUUAUAGAAAGUGGGAACCCAAACCCAAAGCUGACCUAGUGACUGAAGAGACGCGGGAGAUUUAGCUGACUGCAGAUAUCAGGUUGCAGGGAGGAUUGCCUCAACGGAGACAAGUGUGACUCAGGCAUCCUCCACAUCCCGCUGGAGCAAAUCUGCUAAUCAGGAGCAUCACUCAACACUCCUAACCCCAUCCAUAUAAAAAAUAAAUAAAAAAUUGCGUGUGUGCAUGCAUGUAUGGAUCUGUCUGUAUGUGAGUGUGCAUGCAGAUGAGUGCUCUCUGUGAGAAAGCGCCCGGCUCUGUAAGUUAAGUAUAGAUAUUGGCUAAACUGUGGAAAUGUGGAAAAAAAAAUGAAGAAAAAAAAAAACACAUGCUUGCAAGUGCACAAACAGGCAUUGGGUAAUAAAAUACCCCACCAUGUACCUAUAUGAGCAAAAUGAUGGAUGCAUGAAUGUAAAUACUGAUACUUAAGUACCUGCCUUCUGGACUGUUAAUUCAUGUACAUCGUAACAGAUCAUAUGUUUAUACAUAGUAAGAAUUGAAACAAUGUACUACCAUUUAGAUCUAUGUCAAUGUUUUCACGGAGCAAGCCAUCAAUGUAUAUUUGGCAGUCAAUAGUACUUACACAAUUUAUGCAUUAUAAUAGACGGUUGAAAAAGAUGUGCAUAAGUUGAUAACUGCUGGGUUUUUCAGUUGUAAAUAAAGCUGUACAUAACAA